GCACCAUCACCAAAAGUGAGCCUGCAGAUUUUUUUUCUAUCUCGUCGUGAGCGCUUCAAAUAGGACGAUCGAUCUUCGACGCCUCCUCAGCGUCCGAGGUCGAAGUUUCAUAUGCAGUUGGUCGCACACGGAAGAAGGCCGCGCGUGUUGAACACGUCGCGUCGGAGCUGCUUCAACAUCAUUCUUGCACCAAUAAUUUCAAGUCCUUUCAUAGAAAAGCGAAAAGCAAACGCGCCAACUUGAACUUCAUAGCCGUGAUAUUUUUCCCACAAGAACUACGUACAACUUCUUUAUUUUCACAAUGGAAUCCGACUUGACAGCGCGCGUGUAUGCGGCGUGCGAUCCUGGGAGCAUCGACUUUUGCUGUACUCUGGAAGAUUUGACCGACCUGGAAACGGAAAUCAGUCUCCGGCUGGAGCAGCUGCAUCCUCGAGAACUGGGCGUACGCGAGGACCUGCAGGCUCUCGUGUCUGUGGUACAGCUCCAGGUCCUGUUUGCACAUUUUGACGCCCAUCUCGGGGAGCGAAAGUACGAACAGUGCGCAGCCGAGUACCAGAAGGCGAAAAUACUUCUCGAAACCACCGUCACAUGCACAAAACGUAAGUUCUAAAAGUAGAUGUAGAACUUAAAGUGAAGAAGAUUUGGAGUAUGAUGUAGAGGACACUUGCAAAAGGAAUCUUCAUGGAGCAGAUUUUAAAGAAAAAAUCUUCUGUACUAGGUUGCUUUUUCGUGCCUCAAAAUUUUGCCACUAUCCCUAUCGUGCAAACGGGAACGAAACACUCAACGUCAACACACAAUAUCAAUGAAUCCUUCCACAGCCGCAGCAAUCCUGCAGGACAUUGCGGGGCAGCUGGAGGUGCAGUUUCGGCAGCGAGCUGUACUUUUUUCGUCGCGGAUGGAGCGCAAUUUCCAGAACAUUUUCAGCUUUUUGCCCAACACGAUCUGCAUCAAUCGCAGUGAGAAGAAUCUGCAGGUGUGGGAGGGCCUCCGCACGAUGGAGCUUCUGGAGAGUAAGACCAAGUGGCUCUCGGAGCGCAUGCACAAGUACAUCUUGGCGCCGCUGUUUGUGGACUCGCGACGGAAAAAGCUGUCGGCGCGCAUUUUCAAGCCCCACGACGAGGUGACCGUGUGGUCUUUCGUGGACGAGAACGAAAGCCUCGAGUCCGGGGAGGAGGGCUUGGAGUUUCUGCUCGGCAUACUCGGUAGCAUGAUCGGCUACCUCCGCGAUUUUUUAGCGCACAACGAGGCUUUAGCUGCCCUGGGCCGGCACCUGUGGCCGCUGCUGGUGGACUAUUUGCGCGACUGCUCAGGCGAGCCCCAAUUGCUGCUGGAGUUCCAGAACAAGGCUGCGGCGCUCGGUUUCGUAGACACCACGCGGGACGCCAGUUUGACCAGCCUGGCCGCGGAACGGAAGACCGGCGUGCAGGCCCGCGCCAAGAUUCUGGAAGAGGCGCGGAAUUGGAUGGUGUCGCAGGACAUGACCACCGUGCAGGUAUCGGCGACGUCGGAGAACGACAAGCUUAUGGCCGGGUUGGACAAGGACCUGGCACAGUACCUGUGGACGCCCUGCGCCGUAUCCCAGUCGGUGCUGCGGCUGGUGGAGGAAGUCCGGAAUUCGGUCCGUCUGGGCAUCCGCGAUCCUGCGCAGACCAAAGACCAGCAGAUGCUGACGCGGCAGCUGGUCACCCUGUUUCUCCUGGUCCGGCCGCACGUGCACCGCGGGAAACUGACGGCCGACCCCUUCUCCGGCGGUAUUUUCUACAACGACUGCUUGUACUUCGCGUUCUGCCUCACCGUGCUACCCUUCGAGCACGGCAGCAACCGGCCCCUGGCUUGGCUGGUGGACGUGGUGCCGUCCCUCCGCAAAUUGGGGCAGGCACACUUGGUAACGCUGCUCAAGUUUCUGCGAAGGGAGUUGGGCAAAAAGUGCGAGCACCUGCAGCAGUACAUGCGGACCAUCUCCGAGGACGCCAGCUACGCCGCGGCGGAGGCCGUGUUGUCGACUUCGCUGCAGUACCUGCGCACCGCGGUGUCCUCCUUUGCGGCCGUGUUGCCGAAAAAGCUGCUGCUCGCCGUCACCAGUAUGCUCACCGAGCAGUACCUCGAGAUGCUGCUCCGCAGUCUGGUGCCAUCAUCCUCCUCUUCCGGUAAAAACGGCAGCUCAUCGUCUGGCGGCGGCACAAGUGGAUCGGGAUCAGCUUCAGCGGGGGCUUCAAAUAAUACUAGUAGCAACGAAAGGACAGCGACGGGCUCGAGCACUGCGUUCCUCCUCGGCGGCGGAUCUUCAGCAAACGCAAUGUCGCCAUCUCUUUUUGCAGCAAAUGGAGCGAUUUCGCCUCAGUUCCAUGCCGGAGAUUUUUCCGGGGGAACCGCUCUGGCGGGGAGUAGUACCAAUAUCGGGGCGCCGAGAACCUCGGACGAGCAGUUCUUCCAGGAACAGAUAUUCCCUGAAAAUUAAACCCUGCUCCCAACUCAAUUUGUCAUGCAAAACAUGAAGUCAGGUCGCGUAAAGUAGUUCGUCUGUUUGUCACUCAAAAAGUUGUGGAUGCGGAUGGGUAUCAAUUUUCAGGUAAUAACAGAUCAGAUGGACCGACCCAUUGCCAGGGCUGACCAGCGGUCCUUCCUCUGCAACAGGCAACUCCAUGAACACGGAACAGCAGACAACGCGAGAGCGGGAAAUGGCGGACCGAAACUGCAUUUCCUACUUGUUCUCCUCCGUGCGGGUACAGGUCGAGCAGCUGUUGUCGCAGCGCGUGAAACUCGGCGACGACAGUAGGUCGUCCUGUUUCGACGUCAUUGGCACCUUGAUUCCGAUGCUGGAAAACGAUGACAUUGCAUUUACCGAUGUGAAAUACCAGCUGCAGCAGGCACUCAGUCGCGUUGAGCACCCGGAUCCGCUCUUUGCGACGAAUACUUAACGCUGGACAGGUGCUGUAGUUGCCUGUGCUGUGCAAGUCUGGCUUGAUGAAGACAGUCGCUUUAUUUUGAGCACCAGAGAUGUUGGACUGUGUGCAAGCGCAUGCAAUAAAUAUCGUCCGAGUGACAUGACUCGGAAACUGAUUUGGGAAUUUGUUUUUGAU